GGAUAUUCAAAAAGACAGAGGUCAAAAUCUAUAAUUCUAUAGUCUCCAGAUAUAUUUGAUUAAGCUUCCACUUCUUUUUAUGUGGAUUUAAAUUUGGACAAAAAAUGUUUACGCACAUAAGCCCCCUCUGGCCUAAUCCAACUACACAUCUAUAAAUGGCAAUCAUUUUACUUUUAAUUGACCACCCAAAGAAAGGGCAAUGUUUACAAAUACCUCAGUAGGAAACUAUUUACACAGAUUUGGGGAGUUUACUAUUCUUUUAGCCACAAUUUGAGUACAACAUGGGAAAGCAAAGUAGUAAACUGAAGCCAGAGACUAUAGCCGACCUCAGGAAACAAACAGACUUCACGGAAAAAGAAAUACAGCAGUGGUACCAGGAUUUUAUAAAAGACUGGCCAAAGGGCUACCUUACACUCGCCGAAUUCGAAAAAAUGUACAUCGGGUUCUUCCCGACAGGAGAUGCCUCGAAAUUCGCUCGACACGUUUUUCGAGCUUUCGAUGUGAAUGAUGAUGGUCACGUGGAUUUCCGGGAAUUUAUUUGUGGAUUCAGUGCGACUCUCCGAGGUACCGUGGAACAGAAGUUGAAGUGGGCUUUCAAAAUUUACGACGCAGACAAAAAUGGGUUCAUUUCCAAAAAUGAAAUGAAGGAUAUAAUAUCAGCGAUACACAGAAUUGCUGGUGUCAUGGCAGAUACUGGAAAUGAACAAGCUAUUCAACAAAAGAUAGAGGAAGUCUUUCAACAAAUGGAUAAAAACCACGAUGAACAAAUAUCCCUCGACGAGUUUUUAGAAAGUGCUUCUAAAGAUACAAGUUUAGUAACUGUGCUUCAGCUAGAUCAUGAUAUUUAAUGGUUGACGCAAAUACGCAUGAUGUAUUUGUACCUUUCAAGG